AUGAGCCCCAGGACUCAGACUGACCCCAGCGGAGGAGAGCAGCUCUCUGUUCCGCCCUUUGUGGCCGUCCGUGCCUUGCGCUGGUCGUUUUUACCCACAAUGCCCCGAACACCACGGACCCGCUCCUCGCUCCUGUCGGUCGUCGUGCCGCUCGCGCUGCUCCUGCUGGACACGGCGCCGGUCCGGUCCGCGCCCUCGGGGCCCGAGUCCGACACCUGCUCCACCCAGGUGCAGAACCGCUUCUUCGGCUACUUCAACUCCUCGGCCGUCUUUCCCGGCAGCCCUUGCUCCUGGACGCUGCAGAACCCCGACCCGCGGCGCUACACCGUCUUCGUCAAGGUGACCAAGCCCGAGGGGGACUGCGUGCCGCGCCAGGUGCGUGCCUUCCAGUUCGACUCCUUCCUGGAGGCCACGCGCACCUACCUGGGCACGGAGAGCUUCGACGACGUGCUGCGGCUCUGCGACCUGUCGGCGGGCACGGCCUUCGUGGAGGCGGGCAAGCAGUACCUGCAGAUGCGCAAGAACCUGCCCAGGCCCGGGGCGCGGUCCGGCGACGGGCGCUUCAAGGUGGAGUACCUGGUGGUGGGCAAGCGCAACCCGAGCGUGGCGGCGUGCCAGAUGCUGUGCCAGUGGCUGGAGGACUGCCUGGCGUCCAGCACGUCCAGCCACCCCUGCGGCAUCAUGCAGACGCCGUGCCAGUGCGCCGACACGCCGCCGCUGGGCAAGGAGGGGGCGGGCACGGACGGAGGCUGCUUCCGCGCGGGCGUCUACCUGGAGAACUGCGUGACGGGCGACAAGGAGGCCGCCGCCAACGCCGAGAUCAGCGUUGGAGGCUGGAGUGGCUGGGGCCAAUGGGGAGAGUGCAGCAGUGAGUGUGGAGGCGGAGUUCAGACUCGGACACGCACCUGUCAAUCACCUGCUGGGGACGCCAACUUCUGUGAUGGCGCUCUGGAGGAGGGACGGCCUUGCAAUGCUCAGGCCUGCACAGGCAAAGGGCGCGUCAGCUCUCGCAGCCAGUCGCUGCGCUCCAUGGACAGCCGCAAGCGUGACGAGUCAGACAAGACGCGCGCUGGACAGUCACCCCAGACAGCGGGCUCGGCGGCGUCGGGCGACGAGUGGUCGGCGUGGAGCGUGUGCUCGGCCACGUGCGGCGAGGGCUGGCAGAGCCGCACGCGCUUCUGCAUCACCUCUCUCUACAGCACGCAGUGCAGCGGCUCGCUGCGCGAACAGAGGCCCUGCAACAACUCCGCCGUGUGUCCAGUGAACGGCGUGUGGGAGGAGUGGUCGCCGUGGAGCUUGUGCUCGUCCACGUGCGGCCGGGGCGAGCGGGAGCGCACGAGGACCUGCAAGCCGCCGCAGUUCGGCGGGGAGCCGUGCACGGGGCCCGAGAAGCAGAAGAAGUUCUGCAACAUUGCCGUCUGUCCAGCGGACGGGGUGUGGAACGAGUGGUCCAGCUGGAGCUCGUGCUCAGUGACCUGCUCCAACGGCACCAAGCAGCGGAUCCGCGAGUGCAGCGGGCCCUCGUACGGCGGCUCGGAGUGCCGCGGCGAGUGGCUGGAGAACCUGGAGUGCAACCUGGGCGAGUGCCCGGUGGACGGCGUGUGGCAGCUCUGGAGCUCCUGGGACCCGUGCACCAGGACGUGCGGCGGCGGCAACCACAAGAGGCAGCGCGUCUGCAAGGGGCCCUUCUUCGGGGGCAAGCAGUGCCCAGGGGACCGCGAGGAGGUGCAGUCCUGCAACGAGAAGAGAUGCCCAGAGCCCAAUGAGAUCUGCGAUGAGGAGAACUUCUCCAACGUGGUGUGGAAGAGCACCGUGGCAGGAGACACAGCGGCCGUGCGCUGCCCCCCCAACGCUCACGGGCUGAUCCUCCGACGCUGCUCGCUAAAUGACCUGGGCAACGCCUUCUGGGAGAAUCCCACCUACAUGAAGUGCGUCUCCAACGACUACCGCAGCAUCCAGUCGCUGCCCCUGAUUUCUGGCCCAACAAAAUCGUUGGGCCAGUCGGGACUACAGUCGGGCCAGAGGCGGCGUCAAGUGUUGAGCGUCCACAAGCGUCCGGUGUCGGGGACUGCGGACAUCACGUUCCCCAUGAAGGGCUGGAGGGGCAUGGUGGAGUGGGCCCGCAGCUCCGAGGACCGCGUCACCGUGCCCAAAGACGUCCUGACCACCGACAAGACAGAUGACACGUCAUCAUUUGUGACUGGAAUCGUCCUCUACAAAGAUCUGGGUAGCAUCCUGUCGCUCGGAAGAAACAACACCGUGCUCAACUCCAAGGUGAUCUCUGUGACAAUCAAGCCCACGCCAGGUCCCUUGGCCACACCCAUUGAGAUCGAGUUCUCACACGCCUACAAUAGCACCACCAACCAGACCUGCAUCGCCUGGGACGAGAGUGACAGCUCCUCACUCCUCGGCUCCUGGUCUACCCGAAGCUGCAGAGCCGUGUCUGUCAACUCGUUCCGUACCAAAUGCGUGUGUGACAGACUGUCCACCUUCGCCAUUUUAGCACGGCUCAAUCCCGAUAUGAACAUGGAUAAAACGCAAAUGCCGUCGGUGACGCUGAUCGUAGGAUGCGGAGUGUCUUCUCUCACACUGCUGCUGCUCAUCAUCAUCUAUGUGUCUGUGUGGAGGUACAUUCGCUCCGAGCGUUCUGUCAUCCUCAUCAACUUCUGCCUGUCAAUCAUCUCCUCCAACGCGCUGAUACUCAUCGGGCAGACGCAGACACGGAACAAGGUUGUGUGCCCCCUGGUGGCUGCUUUUCUUCACUUCUUCUUCCUCUCCUCCUUCUGCUGGGUGCUGACAGAGGCGUGGCAGUCUUACAUGGCUGUGACGGGCCGUCUGAGGAACCGCAUCAUACGCAAGCGCUUCCUCUGUCUGGGCUGGGGUUUGCCUGCACUCGUCGUGGCCAUCUCUGUUGGCUUCACCAAGGCAAAGGGAUACGGGACAGUAAACUACUGUUGGUUAUCUCUGGAAGGGGGUCUCCUGUACGCCUUUGUUGGCCCUGCGGCUGCAGUCGUGCUGGUAAACAUGGUUAUCGGGAUUCUCGUGUUUAACAAAUUGGUGUCCAAAGACGGCAUAACAGAUAUGAAACUGAAGGAGAGGGCGGGGGCGUCGCUGUGGAGCUCCUGCGUGGUGCUGCCGCUGCUGGCUCUGACAUGGAUGUCUGCGGUGCUGGCCAUCACUGACCGGCGCUCGGCCCUCUUCCAGAUCCUGUUUGCGGUGUUCGACUCCCUCGAGGGCUUUGUGAUUGUGAUGGUGCACUGUAUCCUGCGCAGAGAGGUCCAGGAGGCAGUGAAGUGCAGAGUGGUGGACAGACAAGAGGACGGAAAUGGAGAUUCUGGUGGAUCUUUCCAGAAUGGCCAUGCGCAGCUCAUGACGGACUUUGAAAAGGAUGUGGAUAUCGCCUGCAGAUCAGGCACGCUAAAGCGCUCGUCGCUGCAGGGCGAGGAGAAGUCGUCGGCGCAGCUCUCGCUGCAGAAGGGCUCCAACUUCAACACGCUGCCGGCCAGCAUGGCCAAGAUGCACCUGCAGAACGUGGCCGACUACUCCAGCCACACGCUGACCCUGCGGCGGGACAAGGGGCCGGCGCUGGCCGGCGUCAGCACCGAGCUGCCCGGCGCCAAGUCCAUCUACAUCUGCGACGGCGAGCUGUUCAAGCAGCUGGACGGGGACCUGACGCGGGCCGGCGGCGGCGGCGGGGACCCCUCGGGGCCGGACGGAGGUGGACAGGGCUACAUGAUCCUGCCCACCAACAACAACACGGCCACCAUGAGGCCCGCCAAGGGCGGCGGCAAGGAGGAGCCGGUCAAGUACAGCCUCAACAUGGAGCAGCUGCCCCAGACGCGCCUCAUCCACCUGAGCAACCCCCCCAGCGGGGAGCCCGUGCCGGGCUUCGGCCUGAAGACGCUGCCGUCCGAGCGGAUCAGCGUGGUGUGCGGCGAGCGAGACUCGCCCGGCCUGGCGGCGGUGGCGGCGGCGCACAACGUCCCGGGCGAGUCUCAGAUCAACCACGGCCUCGGCGAAGCGGGCGACUCGGGCAACUCGGGAAUGAUGUCCAAGAGCGAGACGGUGUCCACGCUGUCCAUGAGCUCGCUAGAGAGACGGAAGUCACGCUAUGCUGAGCUGGACUUUGAGAAAAUCAUGCACACACGGAAACGCCACCAGGACAUGUUCCAGGACCUCAACAGGAAGAUCCAGCACGCGGAGAAGGACCGGGAAUCCCCUCCUGACAAGCAGCAGACCCCAAGCAAGCGGGCGUGGGAGGGCAUCAGGAAGACCCACUCUCCCCCAUCGUGGGUGCGCAAGGACCUGGAGCCCCUGCAGGCGUCCCCCCUGGAGCUGCAGGCCGUGGAGUGGGAGAAGGCCUGCGCCACCAUCCCUCUGGUGGGCCAGGAGAUCAUGGACCUGCAGACGGAGGUGUGAGGGGGGGGCAGGGGGGGCCACAGACCCACCCACCCAUCCACCCCCCCGCGACUCCUACUCCUACUCCUGCUCCUGCUCCUCAUCCCCGCCCGUGUCCUCCACCCACACCACACCACACCAGAGCCCUUCCUCCAAUCGACAGCACCCCCCGUAGGAAGACGCGUGGCACCCGGCAGGGUUAGAGCAAUGUGCCCCGCGCACAGAAGCAGAGAGGCAGGGAGUGAAGUGUGUGUGUGUGUGUGUGUGUGUGUGUGUGUGUGUGUGUGUGUGUGUGUGUGUGUGUGUGUGUGUGUGUGUGUGUGUGUGUGUGUGUGUGUGUGUGUGUGUGUGAUAGAGAGAGUGAGAGAGACAGAGAGAGAGAGAGAGAGUAUGAAAGCUAAAGAUGGAUAUGUGACAGCGACUGUUAGAGCAGUGACAGAAAAACAGUGCUUGAAAAAAAAAGAAUCGCUACACUCAUUGGUUAUUUUUUUUAUUACAGUGAAAUCAUAGGCAGUAAUAACAUUUUAUUUUCUUAUAUGAAAAAGGAACAGGAACCAAGCAGUGGCCCCCCUGUCUCACUCCCUAAUGUUACCAUGGAAACACAGACUCUGAUCGGCAGUAGGCCGUAGCUCAUAAUUAGCAGGAUGAAUCACGCAGAUGUAGAGGCUCUGGCGCUCCAGCAAGUGCAUGGGGUGCAGCCUCGGAGGCCAACAGACUUCCAGGAGGCCUCUGGUGAACUCACCCAAUUAGUCACAGAAUAGAUGAAGGACUCGUCAUCGUCCAAUGGUUCGACAAAGUUAUUUUUAAAAGGUAGCCAAGCAAAUUCAUCUCACAAGCUGUCCCUCUCGAUUGAUUUGUUUUAUUAUUAUUAUUAUUAUUAUUUGCAGAAUAUUACCUUUCGGUGUCUGUGCUGUUAUUGUUGGAAUAUUUCUUUGCUGUUUUAUUGCCAACCUCUGACCUCUGACCUCUUAAGCAGUCAGGGUGUCCCUGGACACUAGUAUGGGCAGGUCCUGCCUAUACCGUAGGGCACCAGGCCUUCUGCCCCGCCCGCCAACCCACACAAUCACACAGCUGUGCGGACAUGAACCGCUGGACCGAGGGGGGGGGGGGAGACUGCCAUGGACAGUACCCUGAGGAACGCCACUGUGCUCAUGCCGCACUCCUACGGGGUCUCUACGCAGCUGCACCUGCUGUGGGAAGAGCAGGGUCACACACCUGUCCAGAGGUGCCCGUCAAGACUCUGACCUGGAUGUGGAGAGGGGACCCCCUAACAGCGGACGUUACUGUGAUGGUAGCAGAAGAUUCUGGAGCGCCUAUACUUACUGUAUGGAUGAUGAACUGAUAUCUGUUGGAGAUGCCACAUGGUCGUCUUCGCUGACCAGUCGACAGAUCUGGGUCUCCACUUAAUAGCGAGGUCCAAUCUUAAUGCACUUGGCAGUAUGGGGCCCCCUGCAAAGAGUACAUAAAGAGUUGUGACGGGAGCUGAGCAUAAAGAUGUGCAAGAACAUGGAUUAUAAAUCAUAUAGAUCUAAAUACAGUAUAUAUGUAGAAGAGCUGCAGAUGGUGUGUGUCUGUAGUUGGAGUGUGUUUGCACACAGGGGAAGCACAAGACUCUGUGACAAGGGGUCCUGUUGUACAGCAUUGUAAUUAUUUAAAAAAUAAAAUUCAAAAAAAAAAAAGUUCUACAGAAUGAAUUUUAGCCUAUAAAUAUAUUUCUAACUGUGCUUGGGGGAAUAUUGUUAUCAUUAAUAUGAUUGCCAUCCUGACUCUGCAGUCCCCUAUCUCGUUGAGUUACUGGACUUUAAGGGUGUUCUGUAACCAGUGUGUGUUUUAAUAUCACUGACCGUCACUUGCCCCCAAUGGCCUCUCCUACCUGUCUGACUCCGUUAAGGCCCUAACCCCUGACCUCUGACCUCUUGACCCCUCCCACUCCCCUCACCCCUUUCUCAAUCUCCCUUUUUUAGUUCACUGGGAUAUCUUCUUUGUUAAUGUACAGUUUUCAGAGC